GGCGCUCGGCCCUGAGCCCUCGGUCCCCUCCCCGGCCGCUGGACAGGGAGAGCCAAUGGCAGGGUCCACUGUCUGCAAGAUCACCAUACUGUUCCUGGUCCUGCUAUUCCCGGAGCUCCACGUGGCAGGCACCAUUGCAUCUGGAUCCUCUCCCCGGAAUCUGCCUGAAACCCAACCCCACCUCCCCAGCUCUACACUGUGGGUGCCUCAGCCCCAUCAUCAUGGCCGACGGGGCCUGGGCAAGAAGGACAGGGGCCCAGGCAUGCCCAGCCGGGGCCAGGAGGGGGCUGGGGUCACUGCUGCUAGGCAGGCUUCCCGGAUAACGCUUGGACAGCGCCCUGCCGGCCUUCUGCAGGACAAGGAGCUGCUUCUGGGGCUGGCAUUGCCCUAUCCUGAGAAGGAGCCCCGGUCUUCUGGGUGGGAGAGGAUGAAGAAACGUGGCAGAGAACACAAGAGACGCAGGGACCGGCUGCGCCAGCACCGAGGACGAGCUGCCAUCCGCGGGCCCAGCUCCCUAAUGAAGAAGGUGGAACCUUCUGAAGACCAGAUGCUGGAGGCUGCCACAGAGGAGUCUUCUACCAGCCUGGCCCCAACCAUGCUCUUCCUAACCACAGCAGAUGUUGCCACGCCUACCCCAGAGGAGACCCGGAUCCUGCCUGUCACCUCCCUGCGGCCCCAGGCACAGCCCAGGUCUGAUGGGGACGUGAUGCCCACGCUGGACAUGGCCUUAUUUGACUGGACUGACUAUGAGGAUUUAAAGCCAGAGGUCUGGCCUUCUGCAAAGAGGAAAGAGAAACACUGGAGUCAGUAUGCCAGUGAUGGUAACGAGACGUCGCCAGCUGAGGGGGAACCGUGUGACCAUCACCAGGAUUGCCUACCAGGAACUUGCUGCGACCUCCGGGAACAUCUCUGCACGCCCCACAACCGCGGCCUCAACAACAAAUGCUUUGAUGACUGCAUGUGCACGGAAGGGCUGCGAUGCUAUGCCAAAUUCCACCGGAACCGCAGGGUCACUCGGAGGAAGGGGCGCUGCGUGGAACCUGAGACAGUCAACGGGGACCAGGGAUCCUUCAUCAACAUCUAGCGCCCUAGCAGUGCCUCCCCACAGGCCGGGGUUCUGAGCUAGGGAAGUUUGGACAAAUAAGACCGCGUCAGUAACUAGCUCAGCUUGGGGCUGCGUGGGGGACUCAAUGACUGAGGCCGCGGGUGCAGCCCCGGUUCACUCAUCCCCAAGCUGGGUGAGGGCUUGGUUGAGAGCAGCUGUGUCUGCCAUCCCAGGUGGUACCCACGCAGCUCACGGAGCCCGCUCUACGUGAUAGUCGUGUCGAGCGCGCCCUCUUCUGCUUGACAUCAGCAUUACAGCAGCUUCAAUUUGGAAAAUUAAGAGGUUUCCCAGCCUGGAAAGGAUUGGAAAGAGAGGACCCCUGACAGGAGUGGCUCUGGAAUACUCUGUCCCAGGCAAACGCCAAGCACCACCUUCAUUUUUACUGAAUUUCCACAGAGACCGUGGCAAGAGACCGCUGAAGCACUCUUGAGUUGCGAAACCUGUGCACCCAUGAUCCUCCAUCUCUGGCAGCAGACACAACUUGACUGUCUUCAGCCUUUCUCAACAGAGGCUUAUCGUCUUUUUGAGAGACAUAGUCUCACUCUUUGGCCAACCUGGCCUUUGGAAACUCAGACAGUCCCCCUGCCUCUGUCUUCCAAAUGCUGGGAUUACCAGGAGUGAGUCAGCAUAUUUGGCAGGUGUAUCCUCCUUAAAAUCAAAGCAUGGGGCAGGGUGGGGUGUGGCUAACCCUAGUUUCCAUCCCCAAGCGUGGUGUCAAAGGCAGACGGUGCUGGAGGAUCAGAAGUUAAAGGUCAUCUUCUGCUACUUAGCAAGUGUGAGAUCAGACUCCGGGAGACUGUGUCUCAAGCAAAACAAAAUAAGCCAUUAGCCUAGACUGCACAGGGCCCUGGGUUUGACCUCCACUAGUUCUCCUCCAUUCCGACUUCUUUCCCCCAGGCCCCUACACACGGGGGAUGCGUUCAGGUGAAGAAGGGUCCCUGUGAAAGGUCCUUCCCUCUGACAAGUGCUAGCCACAGUCAUGAAGUGGCUGGGGUUAACUUUCCUGGUGUGGCCUGGGUCAUGGGGUCACUCCCUCCUAAGUUGUCCUCAGAGUUCCCCACCCCUGCUGGAAUGGCAAGCACAUGCCACCCUGAGUUCACUUGACACGAUGUUUGGUGACUCCCAACUUCCCUAAGACCAUCUCUGGACUCCAUCCCUUCGCUUCAGCAACAAUGCCCCUCGGAAAGUGGGGUCAUCUCCAAGACUGUGCAUGCAGCCUUCAUGCUCACAGGCUAGAACCAUGAUGACAGCCUCACCAUUAUUGUCACCGCCCGGAAUGUGUGUCCCAGCAGAUCUGGAGCCACCUGAGGAGCCACCUAGGGAGAACCCUUUAGACCUUUGCUCCUGGCAUCUCCCUCCUGGUCAACCUUUGCAAAGGAAAAAAAAAAAAAAAAAAAGCCUUCCCUGCCCCCGCCCUCCCCAGCCUGGACCACCAUCCAUGGGAUGUUUACGGCUUUGGGGUAACCAGUCUGGUCCAGGGAUCAGGCACCAAGGAAAACAAGCAGAUCUAGAAGAAAUCAAAUACGCUUGUUCUUCUUUCUCAAGUUGGGUCUGAUAGGCCUGGGAAUGGGGGUCAGGGCCAAUAGCCGGAAGGAUCAAAGCGGCAAUGGGAAAGCAGGUUCUAAGGCAGAUUCAUUUUCCUUUCUGUAAUACCAGGGCCUUGCAUGUUCCAGGCAAGUGCCCUGCUGCUGAGCUACAUGCUAACUGGUCUGGGCUUCAAAGUCUCCAAAGGGGGCUGCCAUGGCAGCCUGAGAACAUUGGUCCCUGCCCUCCUACCUGCUGCAGCAUACUGCUAUCCACAGCCUGCACCUCCUCUCACACUUUGCUGACCUUACGGAAGUUGCUCACGGUCUGUGUGCCUUGCCUUUUCAAAGAAAUGAAAAUGCCUGAUUCUUAAAACAGUGCCUGGCCCAUAACACACACACACACACACACACACACACACACACACACACACACCAUCUAGAGUACCAGCUAGCCAUCUUCAGCAGGCCUUCAUUUUCACAGUGAUCCUUUUUAUUUAUUUAUUUAUUUUUUUUAGUGGUGUCUCACUAUUCAUCUCUGGCUGACCUGAAACUCACAAUGUAGACCAGGUUAGCCUGGAACUCACAGAGACCUGCCUCCUCUGCCUUCCAAGUGCUGGGAUUAAAGGUCGCACCACCAUGCGCGGUUCAGGAUGCUUUCUAUGAUUGCUCCAAAGUGCACUUCACAAUGAGUGUAGUGGCGCACGCCUUUAAUCCCAGCAUUUGGGAGGCAGAGGCAGGCAAAUCUCUGUGAGUUCGAGGUCAGCCUGGUCUACAAAGAGAGUUCCUGGACAGCCAGGGCUACAUAAAGAGACCCUGCCUCAAACAAAUAUACAAACAAAAAACAAAGUGGACUUCCCCAAACUGAGUCACGGCUCUGGAGAAGCAUAUAGAUUCCCACGCCGAGGGGAGGAGCAUGUGCCUACACAGCGUCAAGUUUAUGAGAAAAAAAGUGGACCCUGGUGGGGAGCCGAGCAGGGGUUUGCUUAGAACUGCCCAGACAGACGCCUGAGCUGAAACCUCAAGGACACUCUGGCAGAACCCCACUGUCCCCAGACACGGACUGUUUUCUGGGCUUUGGCGAUAGGAAGGGUGGUUUCCAUGGCUCGUGGAAGGGGACUGAGGGGGUCUAUGACUAGAGAUACAAAUGUCAUAGGAAAAUGACGUCAUUUGCUCCUGGAGGAGGUCAGAUUCCAAGGCCUCUCCUGCUGAGGUGUGGCAGAGUUCCUCCCGAAGCCUCCUUCAGCCUUCCCCAGAGCAUCCUCAAUGAGGAGAAUGUUUAGAAAGUAAGGAACCAAGAGCCCUGGGGUGCCAGGAAAGUGGGGUCGGGAGAAGUCAGCAGCUGAGGCUGCCCUUUGAGGGUUCCUGGGGCGGGACUACAUUAACACUGGCCCUUCAUGCUUACAGACCAUAGCGAGUGUGUGCUAACAGGCCAUAGAUACUGUGUGCACACAGAAAAGGAGUGGUCAAAGUGAGCAGGCUGCACGCAGAACAAGGGGUUUGCACUGCGGGGGGUGGGGUUUCCAAGGCCCCCAGGAAGGGCAGGUGGUUUGGGACAGAUCUGUGACCGAGCUACCCCUGGUUGCAAAGUUCCAGCAUCACCUGGGAGUCUGGUAGAAGCACAGAUUCUUGGGCCCCACUCCACACCUACUGAGCUGCAAUCACAGGAGUGGUCCCCAGCAUCUGGCUUCUAACACGUUCUCCAGGGCAUUCUUGGGUGUGGUGGGUGUGAGGACCACAGAUGGAAGACAGAUGCCAGCGGUGGGGACAUUAGGACAAUUCAGUACUCUUGUGUUCACUAUGGCUUGGCCACUCUGAGGUCUGUUUCUUGGCAAUUGACCAGCGAGGACAAACUCCGCGAUCCAAGGCCUACCUCCUUGACUGCCAUUGGCUCUGCUUAGAAGACACCAGGUAGGGCUCCUAGGCCCGGAGUCUCCAUCACUGGACACGUGUGCUCUUGGGAAAUGCCUUGGAGGGUUAUAGCUCCUCCCUGAAAUGUGGGAACGGCAAGGGAGGGGUACUAUGGUCUGUGAUGCCAUAUUGCAUGUAUUCUCUGAGCUGUAAAUAAAGAGGUGACAAUUGCU